AUGGGUGGAAAGCCCUCUCGCGCGUUCGUUUCCAAUUCAAACGAAAUCCGUACCAAAAAUACUGGUAUCAUGAUCAAUAGUCGACACAAACAAAUACAAGUCGCUAACGUUAUGCUGAAAAUUUCGUCUCCAGAACUCUCUGCAUCCCGUGACCCCGAGACUGGGGAUAUCAAUCAGUACCAGCGACGAUUGGAUCUUCUCAAUGAUGCUCUCCACUCGUUCAAUUCCACUGCCGCCCAGCGUCUUUUAGAGGAGUUGAAUACCAUGCGCCAGGAAAAUAUUUAUCAAGCUGUCAUUGACGAUGUACUGAACAAUCUACUGGUGCAAGGUCCUGAUCAGUCAUUGCCAUUAUGGGCCAAACUUCGCCCUUUCGCUCGGUAUUCACGGCGAGCGCGCAUGGCGAGUCUGCGUCGGACUUUGGAUUGCACAACCCCACCACCCAACGUUGAAGACGAGAGUGAUGAUGAUGCCGCGAGUCAACAAAGACGUCGUCGGCGAGCACUCAUCUCCUUACUUCGUACCUUGAGUAGUCCCGACGAUGACGCCCGUUCAGCCAAUGGGAAACCUGCCAGUCCGGCAGUGGUGACGAUUGAGAAACGCGCGCGACGCGAACAAAAAGGGGCGAACGGCCAAGACAUGAUUGCGCGUCGGCCGACCGACCUGGAAACUCCCGCCUAUUCGGUUCUUGCGAAGAAAGCUAAUUUUGAGGUUCGUAUGUACAAACCCUUUGCCGUUUGUUCCGUCGCCAUGAGCAAACCGCGUCCGGUUGAUGCCUACAAGACGGACGCUACCGUUGCGGAUCCCAAAAUGGGUGGGGCUCGAGCUUUCGGCGCACUUGCUGGCUACCUGUUUGGAAAAAAUCAGCAAGAGCAAGCAAUGGCUAUGACUACACCCGUUUUUAAUACCGGAAGUGAUGAUGACAAACAGAUGUCAUUUGUUCUGCCUUCCGUGUACUGGAAAGAAGAUGGAAUUUCUGUCGCACCGCAACCCUUUGUCAAUAGCGGAGUCAAACUGGAACGCAAUGGAGGAGGUGAAAGAGCGGUUCUUAUGUUUGGUGGAUACGCAUCAAAGAAUGAUGUCAAACGCAGAAAACGUGAGCUGCUUGCAAGUCUUGCCAAAGAUAAGGUAUGGGAAUAUCUUGAGGACGAGCCGGUGGCACUUGCUCAAUACAACGAUCCUUUCACUCCGCCCUGGAAACGUUUGAACGAGGUCUCGAUUGGCAUUCAACUUAGACGCUAA